AUGCCUGUUUUUCAACCCGAGUACCUGCACAAAGUCGCGGCCCACAUCUACCGGGCUAAAGGCACCCCCGCCGAUGAGGCGGAGAUCGUGGCGACCCAUCAGGUUAAGGCUAACCUGACGGGCCAUGAUUCCCACGGCGUCAUCCACAUCCCUGAGUACUGUGAGCGCAUUGACCGCGGCCACAUCGUGCCGGGCGCGGCCUUCGACGUGCUCAGCGAAACUCCCACCACCGCCGUGGUAGAUGGCAACUGGGGCUUCGGUUUCGUGGUAACUGAGAAGGCCACCCGCAUGGCAAUCGCCAAGGCCAAAGAGAACGGUGUAGCCGCCUUCACCAUCCGCCAUCAGAGCCACAUCGGGCGGUUGGGCGACUAUCCGACCAUGUGCGCCCAGGAAGGCCUGAUCGCUUUGCUGACCGCCGACUCUGGAGCUGGGCCCAAGGCCGUGGCUCCCUUCGGCGGGCGUGCCCGACGCCUGGGCACCAACCCCAUCUGCAUCGGCGUGCCCAGCAACCUGCCCGGCCAGGUGCUGCUCGACAUGGCGACGUCGGCGGUUGCGGCUGGCAAAAUCUCCCUGGCGCGCAACCGUGGCGAAGCGGUGCCGCUCGGCUGGAUUGUCGAUAAGGACGGCGAGCCAACUACCGACCCCAAUGACUACGCCGCCGGCGGGGCCAUCCUGCCCGUGGGCGCUGACCAGGGGCACAAAGGGUUCGGAUUGUCAUUCAUGGUAGAGAUGUUCUCCGGCUUGCUCACCGGCCUGGGUUUCGGUAUCGACCCGCAGGCCCGCCACAACGACGGCUGUUUUCUGGCCGUGUUCGACGUAAGCAAGUUCCGCCCGCUGGAAGAUUUCAAGCAGGAAAUGACCGAGUUUGCCGAGUUCGUAAAAACCUCACCACCGGCUACCGGAUUCAGCGAAGUUUUCUACCCCGGGGAGAUUGAGUAUCGCACGGAACAACAACGCCGCAAGGAUGGCAUCUUCAUCGAGGAUGAAACCUGGCGCCAAAUCUCUGACCUAAUGGCCGAAGUAGGUGUCGCCGAAGCCGUCGGCCAGCCGUAA